GUAACUGUGCAUGCAAAAGGAGUUUCCCCUGUCCCCGCAGGCGCUGAAGGUGCCCUAUGUGGCGUGCUGCGGAGGCACGGAUGUGAACGAGUGCCUGCAAGUCCCGGCCAUGAACGCCGUCAUGCAGGAGGCUGUGGCGGGGGCGGUGAGCCUCCUCGCCUUCACGGUCGCCAUGAAAGAGGCUGCGCUGGCUGCCUGGCCGUUUCUCCAGCCCGAGCGUGUGAGAGUGCUCCCUCAGGCGGUCUCAGUGUGCCCCGAUGACGCCUUCGAUGUGGCUCAUUUCUUGAGGUCGCUGGACGGAGACCAAGCUAAGCAAGUGAAUGAAUGCUUUUAUAAGAAAGACGCGAUUCCGACCAACGAAAGAGAAUCAGCGCCAGGACAAACCUCGGUGCCUUUCAACGGUCCUUCGUCUGCCAUUACACAUGGCGUUCCGAGGGCGCAGUCAAGCUUGCCAAGGGACGUGGGAUACCCUCUGGUAGUGUUGAUAGCAGGACUUCGACCAGUUAAGGACGUACUGUAUGUAGCGGAGGCCUGGAGCAACUGGAAUGCUGAGCGAGAGGGCCGAGGAAGGCUACUCAUCAUGGGCCCCGCUCUCGAUGCUCACUAUGCCCGCCAGGUUCACUCUGAGGCAUCCAGAUGGUGCGGCGUAAGGGUAGCAGACAGCCUGAAGCCACCUGAGUGCCACGCAGUCAUUGCAAGUGCCACUGUGUUGUUAAAUUCCUCCUUGAGUGAAGGCAUGUCCGCAGCUGUACUGGAGGCCAUGGCCUUGGGUGAGUGGCCGUCUCUUGGGAUGUCGCUCUCUCUUAGAGACCCUCCAAAACUUCUUUAAAUGAUCUUGAUACUUUGGCAAGGCAAGUAACCUCCUCUUGUUAGCCUUGAUUCCAAAUUUGUUUUAAUAAUCCAAUGGCCUUAUGGGACAUGACCUGCUUUAGUAAGCCUGCCAUCGAAUGGAUACCCUUUUUCUACAAAAUUGUGUGGUCGUGUGAAUGAUAGUGAAAUCUUAUAACGACUGUCAGUGAGUAGGAAACUUGUACAAUAAAGAAGACGGUGCUUUGGUUUACUACAUAUUUACUGUUUUUAUUUUCUUGAAAUAAAACAAAACCACGAUAACAAGAGAAACACAAACGUUUGACGAUAAAAUGCGAUACAUUGUCUAGUACAAAGUUUUUGAGUUUUUUUUUUCUCAUCAUGAUACAAUUUGACUUUGUACACUA